AGCACACAAAUGCAGUGUGUUCGUGUGUGAGAGAGAGUGACUUGGUUUAAUUCCACUUCAUAAAACCAGUUAUUUAUUUACAGAAUUGUUUUUAUGUUAUUUUGUGUUUUUUGGGGGUCUGGACUGGAUUAAUGGCCUUUAAUUCAUUUCAAUGGGGAGCCGUGACUUGACAUGCGAGUAAAUGGAGCGACGGUCUCGGGGACUGAACGAAUUAAACUCGUUAGUCAAGACACUACUGGACUGCAUCGAAACGCCUGCCUGGAGUUCACCCGCGAGUCGCUUGAAGGCGCUGCGCUGGACGCGGCUGUUCCGCAACACGUCCAGAAGAUGUUUCCCGGAAUGUUCCAAAAAUAGGAUUUGGUUAUUAUUGGUUUUUAACAGGCACAGGCAUAUAGGAACGGACUGACGUCCUCUCAGCAGGUCACGCAGCGUGUGCACGUUGGCUGCUUCAUUCGGUUUCCUGUUUUUUGCUUUGUUUGUGUAUUUAUUGUUUUUGGGAUGUUUUGACAGGAAGCGGCCGUUCGUAAAACGUGAUCGUCUAGUGCUCGAAUGUCAUUGGCUGACAUAGGUGUCACUUUAGAAGCGGGCGUGAGACUUCCGUUCCCGUCAAUCGAAAGCUAACCAUCCUAUUGGCCUACGUCAUCCGUAACCCGCCACAGUCUGUCCCUCCUCGAAAGCACCGCCCUGACGUCGCCCUCGUACCAUUGGCGGCUCGGCCUGUCCAUCACGCGGAUCUUGGCCGCCUUUGGCGAAUCAGCGCUAGGUGGGCGGGCCUUCCCGAAGAGGACAUUUCCUCGUCGCUUUCACGAAGGUUGGGGAACAUCGAAGACGAAAACGCCUCCAAAAGUGUCCGUUUUGAAGCGGAAGAAAGGUUCGAAUGCGUCGAGAUGAAACGUGCUUGACUGCGGGACAGGCGGAGACGAGCUGAGAUGAAAAAGAGGUCGAAAUAAGCCGAAGCUGAAGACGAUGAGUCUGGAUGUGUUGUGCGAUUCGGACGUCGGACGAUUCUUCGCCGACAAUCUGCUCACCAGCGACGACUGGGAUGCGUGUUUGUAUCGCUGCGACGGUGACGACCACAUGGGCGUGGCGCCCGAGUACGACACUUCGUUGGACGACGAGCUGGUGCUGACGCUGGAUGGUGACGCCCCUUCGUCACCGUGGCAACACACCCACCACGACCCGCUCACAGCAUGUUCGGCGGCAGGGGGCUCCACGCACGCGAAGCUCCACAGCGACGUGGAUGAGCCGAUGGAGCUAAUGUUCCAGGUGAAACCCGAGCCGGCGUCUCCCGCGUCGUCGUCGCCAGAGGCCGAGCCCCCCGAUCGUCCGCUCCUUGUGAAAGGCGAAACCCCCCCAACGCCUCCCUACACGUUCGGAGACGUGAUGUCGCCCCCGCCGGGCGGCACGGAGGUUACCCUGGCGACGACGGCCGUCUUGACGUCCCACGUGGUGUUGGGCGCGCGGACGGCGUUAACGGCACGACUGCCCGCCGUCCAAACGCAGGCUCCAGUUGUUCCGGCGCUGAAGACGGCCCUCCUCGCCGCCAAACCCCCCGUCCGGCCCCGCCGCCUCUGCCCGGCAACCCUGCCCGGCCCCCGAACGCCCACGCCCACCGAGACCCUCCUCCUGCACGGCGUAGCCGCCAUGGAGCCCACGCGACCCGUGGUCUGCCUGACGUCGGCCCCCGCCGUGAUCAAGAUGGAGCCCGUCUCUCCCGUCGUGGCCCCGCCCGGCGCCAAGCCCAUCGUCCCGGCGACCGCCGCCAAGCCCGGCACCGGCAGUAUCGACGUCGACAUGAAAGUUCUGAAACGGCAGCAGAGGAUGAUCAAGAACCGCGAGUCGGCGUGUCAGUCGCGCAAAAAGAAGAAGGAGUACGUCCACAACCUGGAGGUCAAACUGAGGGAGGCCCAGCAGGAAAACAUCCGACUUUGCCGGGAGAACCAGGAGCUGAGGGACAGACUGGAGGCCCGGCAGGGCGGCGAGCCUCCGAGCAACAAACGAGCCGUGUGUGUCAUGGCCGUCCUUCUCUUUGUGACCUUCAGCUUGGGACCGGUCAGAAUCUUGGACAGGAAGUGGGCGGCGGGCUUUCGGGACGGCGCCAGGUCGUUUACGGGUCGGCGGCUCCUGGAGAUGCAAACAGCGCAGCGGCCUGCGCGUCGCCGGGAAGUCGAGAGCGCGACGCGGGACGGAGAGACGGAAGCGUUUGCGGCGGAAGGUUUCCCCUUCAGGAACGCCAGCUCUGUCUUCGGCCCGGCCAAGGAGGACCACAACCUGCUGCGGCGUCUGGAGAGAUACUUCAGCGGCGACGCGCACUGUCCGCAGUUCAACCGCUCCGAGUCCCUAAGGCUGGCGGCAGAACUUCGCGGUUGGGUUCAGCGUCACCAGAUCAACCGCAAGAAGUCGGGCGGGAAAGCCAAGAAGGCCAAGAUGGCUCAGCAGCGGGGUCAGCUGAGGAAGGCCAACGUGUCGAGAUAUCUUCCCAUCCAGACGCACCGCUCCAUCGAAAGUCAGCUGCAGGUGGUCCCCGGACCCGAGGUGACCUACAGCGACUUCCUGGACGCCAUCGACCGGCGCGAGGACACCUUCUACGUGGUGUCGUUCAGACGGGACCACCUGCUGCUUCCCGCCAUCAGCCACAACAAGACCCGCCGGCCCAAGAUGUCGCUGGUCAUGCCCGCCAUGUCCGUCAACGAGAGCGUGUACAACGCGUCGCACGGCUACGAGCUGAUGAUGCAGGUGGACUGCGAGGUGAUGAACACGCGCACCGUCCCCAUCAAGUCAUCCGCCGUCCCCCCGUCCCUGCGGGACCCGCCGCCGACGUCCCCGCCGCACGGCGCCGCUCACCAGCACGCCAACCACACGGCACUGCGCGGGCGUCACCAACACCACCCGUCGUCUGCCUCGCACGCCCGCACCGACUAUCUCAUCAGCCGCUCGGGGGGCGUCUGAACGAGAGGAGUGACGACGGGAUUUUCCCCACGGAAACUUCCUGACGUCAACGGAAGAUGCCCGUCCGUCAUUGGCAGGAAGUGGAACUCAUGAAAACAUGCUGUUUUUUUAAUGUUUGUAUAUAGUGACAUUUUUGUUUAGUUUUUUUUUGGUUACGUUUGGCAUCGAAAGAAAAAAGUGUCAAUGUUGUUUUUAUGUUUAGCUUAAACAGAGCGUCAACGUCGGCCACGUUUGACAUCAGAAACGCGCAUUCGUCAUUUCCUGUUUCUUUAUUGGUUGAAUUAAAGCUGGAGCGCCA